AUGAUGGAGCGAACGUACGGCCGACGCAAACAGGGGAUGCUGAGAACCCUCUCUGCCUCCUUAAACGACGACGUUUCCCAAACGGAGUAUCUCUCUUCGUCUCCGUCUCAGUCUCCGGAAAUUGAGCAACUUGAUUUCUCGGGUUUCCCUUUCUCCAGUCAAGACUCAUCCUCUCUCUGGAAUUCUUCUUCGUCAAGAUCCACUUUCCUGGAUGAUGAUUUCUCUCAGAAUGGCGGCGGUGUAGUGCGAAGGGCUAAGAGACCCAGGAACGGUGGUGGUGCAUUCGGUUUGACUUCGACUUUAAUGGAGGCACAAGAGUUUGGCGAGUUGAUGGAGAACGAAGACGAGAUUAAUUUCGCGCUUGAUGGGUUGAAGAAAGGUCAUCAGAUAAAGAUCAGAAGGGCUGCACUGUCGUCUCUACUCUCGAUUUGUGCAUCCCAAUAUCAGCGACGCUCUUUGAGGGCUCAAGGGAUCUCACAAUCCAUAAUCGAUGCGAUUUUGGGUCUCAGCCUUGAUGACAUACCAAGCAAUCUUGCUGCAGCUACCAUUUUCUUUGUGCUAACUGCUGAUGGUCAAGAUGGCCAUUUUAUGGAGUCACCCAACUGCAUCAAGUUUUUGAUAAAGCUGUUGAAACCUGUGGUUUCUGCUAGUACUAAAGGGAAGCUGCGCAAUAUAGGAUCUAGGCUGUUAUCAAUAAUCAAGGAUGUUGAUGCAGCACGUGAUGUGGCCAAUAUGCAUGAUUCAAGCUCCUGUGAUAUAUUGUCCAAAGCUCAGGAAAUUUUUGUUAGUUGCAAGGAGUUGAGAUUGAUUGAUAGCUAUAAAAUGGAAACGAUGAGGCCUGACCUAAGUACCAAAUGGGUAGCUUUGUUGGCAAUAGAGAAGGCGUGCUUGUCCAAAAUCUCUUUUGAUGAUACCUCUGGUGCUGUGAAAAAAACUGGAGGCAUGUUCAAGGAGAAACUGCGAGAACUGGGAGGGCUUGAUGCGGUCUCUGAGGUUGUUAUGGAGUGUCACGCUGUAAUGGAGCGCUGGGUAGCAUACGACACACUCUCUGUCCAGGAUAUAAAAGAUGACCUCUAUAAGCAGAGUCUGAUGUUGCUUCUGAAAUGUCUGAAAAUAAUGGAGAAUGCUACAUUCCUCAGCACAGAAAACCAGCAUCAUUUGCUCCGAUUUAGUAGAAGUAUGGGUUUUCAUGGAUCUCAAUUGUCUUUCACCGAGCUCAUGAUAAGUGUCAUCAAGAUGCUUUCAGAUCUUCAGUUACGCGCUCGCAGGGACGAAAAAAAUCCUCACCCUCAUUGUGCCAAUGGUGUUAAUCAUCAGUCUAUUUUGGGAGCGGAUUGUAAAGUGAACAAGGACGUUGUGACAAUUAGUUCAGAUACUCGCUCUACCACUAGCUUUACCUCCAUGAGAAGUGAGAGCGUAUCUGGGAGAAAUCGAUCUGUAUUUCGGUUACAUUGCUCAGGGACAUCAGUGCCGGGGUCUCAAUCAACUGUAAUGUCCAUAGAUGGUCGCUGCACGCUAACAACAAGACUUGGUUCCAACACUAGGUCGUUUGCAGGUGGAUUAGCCUCAUUGGGUAGUGGUAUUUCCAGAUGCAAUGCAAGGACUAGUCAAGUUGGAGAACCCAGUAGUAAAAAAGUUGAAAAUUUUGCAUCCUUCGAGGAUAAUCAAGAUCCUUUUGCAUUUGAUUUGGAAGAUUCAGAACCUCCCAAAUGGGCAGUAGCAUCAGGAAAGCAUAAGAAAUCUAAAGCUCAAAAGCGGAAGGGAAGCUACAGAGAUAUUAAAGAUGAACAUUCACAUCAGCUCUUCUCAAGUCAGGAGGAAUUAAACCAUAGGUUAUAUUCCCAGGAAGAGUCUAGUGAUAGAGAUCGCCAUCUAACUGACCAACCAUCUUCAACAUAUGACAUUGAUAAAGAAUGUCACUGUCUUUUAUCUGAUUGCCUUUUAACAGCUGUGAAGGUUUUAAUGAACUUAACAAAUGAUAAUUCUGUUGGCUGUCGGCAAGUUGCUGCCUGUGGAGGACUGGAGAGCAUGGCUGAAUUAAUUGCUGGGCACUUUCCUUCGUUCACCAGAUCUCCCCUUUUCAGUCAGAUGGAAAUGCCCGGGACAUGCCAUAAGAAAGAUAAACAUCUCACGGACCAGGAAUUAGAUUUUCUUGUUGCCAUCUUGGGGUUACUAGUAAACUUGGUGGAGAAAAACGGAAUAAACAGGUCAAGACUUGCAGCAGCUAGUGUACCGAUCACCAAUCCAGAAGAGUUGCAAGAGAGUGAACAAGAUAUGAUUCCUCUUUUAUGUUCAAUCUUUCUCACCAAUCAGGGAUCCACAGACGCCAAAGAUGAAACAAGUACUUUCACUCUGGUUAGUAUCUAA